AUGGACGCCGACACGCGGACGGGCGAAGUUCCAUCGACUGAGGCGGUGAUGCGAGCGGACGGGGCGACCGAGUCGCGUCAUCCGCCGCCGUCUUCAUUGACCUUCACCGAGCUCCACACGGCGGAGAUUAAGCGGCUGACCGCGCUUGUGGAGGAGGCGGCGCAGAAGAACCGGAAGCUGAUUGCCCUGGGCGAUAAGUCGAGCCCGCUCGCCGUCCUCAUUCAGUGUCACUGGCCCUGGCGUUCGUUCUCACCGUUUCCUUUUCUUGUAGCAGAGGCGCAGGUGGCGGCCUUAAAGCAGCAGCACGCCAAAGAACUUGCUGCGGAGAAGGAGGCGUCCGAGGGCAUCGUCCUGGCGGUGCAGGCCGAGAAGACCAACUUCGAGGCGUUCGUCAGAGAGAUGUCGCGGCAGAUUCUUGGUACGUGCGACUUCGUGGAGACGGCGACUCCGCGGGAAUGCCUGUCGACCGCGACCGCGCGUAUCAUCGCCUGCGCGGGGGAGAUACUCGCCGCGCUCCAGUACCUAAGCCCGCGGGAGGUGAUUCCGCGGGACACGCCAUCCGUCUUCAAGGCGGUGUCCAACAUUCCGGCUGUUGUUGACUGGCUUCGCCGCUCUUCCUGCCGCGUUGGCAUUACCAUGGCUCUGAGUAUGGUGCUGGCGCAUUACUCUGAAGGGUUCGACGUGGAGGAGGUCACCGCUGGCUUCCCCUCGGAGACUGGCGAGUUCGAUGUUGCCGAAGUGCUGCGGCUGAUGGAUGCGGUGCGCCCCUUCGCCGACCGAGUACUGGCGACCGCGGACUUGGAGACUCAUAUCCCCAGCCAAGCGGCACCUGGUGACGCGGAGAAAGAGCCGGGCCCGGUGGACUACCCCGCGGAGCGCCUCUUCCAUGCCGCUGCCGCCGGCUCGUUGUCGACAUAUCCGGUCGUGGUGUACACGCCGAAAUUUCGUCACGGCGAUGAUGGCGUCGAGCCUGUCGUAGAGGGGGCUCCGGGGUCGUCCUCGUAGUUUCCUGAGUACCUGUGUAGGAAGUGGCUGGAUUUCCCGCGAGCGGGAGUUAGUUGUAAAUAAAAUGAUGACUUUUGCUUAAAUAUGAUUCGGUGGUUGCUUUUGCAUUAUUUUGAGGCGGCGAUGCAUUGGAGUUGGUUCCGACUAUCCAUGGCCUUCAGGCCAGUCGCCUUGCGACCCCAAUGAAGGCUAUCGACUUGACUGUUUUCCUUUUCGAGCUGGGCGUCCCCAGUCGCAGUACGUAGUCAUUAUAGUACGAAUAGCAGCCUCAUGGGUGGAGUAGUGGUGAGUUGUAUUUUGCGCUGUUCGGAUGUAGCGCGCCACUCGUCGUGGCUCGGUGAGCCAGUCGCUAGGCGACUCCAAAGGGGAUCAUUGCGGGCGUAUUUUCCUUGGCGAGCCGCGGGUCCGUUUUGCGGAGUCCCUAGUCGAAGUACUUAGCCGCACAAUUCGCCAACCUAAGGUAGAGGAGGGCAUUGGUGUGCUUUAUAGCGUAGCACAAGGCGGUCGCCGAGGCCCGUGGGGCUGGCCGAGCGUGCGGCCCUGCUGUGGGUUCCAGUCGCCGUUUUCACCCGACGGCGUUAGAGAUGGUGGGUGACCGGGCCUGGUGUUGCGCCUCGGUUACGCCGCCAUCCCGUGUUAGCCCGGCUACUUGGCCGAUCGUGGACUUCUCUCUUCCAGCAGCGGCGACCGGAGGUCUCUCAGCACCUAGUCGCUUGUUGCGGCGACUAAGCCGGUGUGUACCGGGAUGAGAGAUGGCGAUAUCUGGCGGGUGAAGGAGAGGUAGUCGGAGCUUGAGAUCAAAAAAAAAUGGUCGGCGAUUUUUAUUAACCUCUGAAUUUUCGGAUUACAUUUUUUCCUUAGGUAUAGAACCGCCGGAGAAGGUUGAUGUUCCAGGGGCGCUCCACCUCUUUAGUGAGCGGCUCGCCUUUGUCGUCCUUGCGGACGUCGAUGAGAUAGUAGGAGUCGUUGCCGAGUACGCGGCUGACGGCGAAUGGUCCUUCCCAGGGCGGGGACAGCUUGUGCAUCCCUUUCUUGUCCUGGAUUAGCCGGAGUACCAGGUCGCCGACUUGGAAGGAGCGACUCCGAACGCGGCGACUGUGGUAACGACGGAGGUCCUGCUGGUAAAUGGCGGUUCUGGAGAGUGCGAGGUCUCUGGCCUCAUCGAGGAGAUCGAUGUCGUCUUGGCGAGCUCGCUCGUUGUCUUCUUCGGCGUAGUUGGCGACCCGAGGCGAGUCGUAGGCGAUGUCCGUGGGCAUGACGGCUUCGGCGCCAUAUACCAGGAAGAAAGGCGUGAAGCCGGUUGACCUGUUAGGCGUUGUGCGGAUGCCCCAUAGUACUGAAGAGAGCUCCUCUGCCCAGCAACCGGCUGCGCGCUCUAGGGGCACGACCAGGCGUGGUUUGAGUCCGUGCAGGAUGCUCUGGUUUGCCCUUUCUGCUUGGCCGUUCGACUCGGGGUGGGCGACUGAGGCGAGAUCGAGUCGGAUGCCCUUUUCUUCGCAAAAGUCAGCCAUCUCCCCUUUGGCGAAGUUGGUGCCGUUGUCGGUUAUGAUACUGUGAGGGUAGCCGUACCGAUAGAUGAGCUCGCGUAGGAACUUUGUAGCCGUCUUCCCGUCGCACUUCUUUAUGGGCUUUGCUUCUACCCACUUGGUGAACUUGUCCACCGCUACCAGGAGGUGAGUAUAUCCGCCGGGGGCCGUUUUGAAUUUUCCCACCAUGUCCAUGCCCCAUACGGCGAAGGGCCAGGUGAGGGGGAUGGUCUUCAAUGCCGAUCCUGGCAUGUGCGACUGGCUUGCAUACUUUUGGCACCCGGCGCAUGAACGGACAAGGGCGAUUGCGUCUUCGUGGGCUGUUGGCCAGUAGAAGCCGUGACGAAAGGCCUUGGCGACGAUUGAACG